UCUAGUCCUGGAUGAUUUUAUAAUCCGUUUAUUAUAUUUUGUUGACAUUUAAAAAAAUCUUAAACGAUUGGUAAUAAUAAAAAAGGUUUUCUAUGCAUAUAACUCUGGGCGGGACUAUUUUGAUAUGGUGAUAUGAUCUACUGAAGAAAACUCAAACGUCUUUCAGGUCUUAUAACGUACCACUAGCAGAUUUAAUAUUUACGUUACGUUUAUUAGAAACGUUGAUGUGGAUUUGAUUUGUGUUUGUACGUGAAGUUUAGACGGCUUAACUUUUGGUGAGAAUGUUAAGGAAUAUGAGUAAUUGCAGAAUAACUUCAUUUGGUCUCUUCUUAUUGAUCGUGAAUGGUGUGUUUGGUGCUGGUGCAAAUGAAGUGAAGUCAGUGUCAGGGAUGGAGGGAGAUUCUGUCACUCUUCACACUAAUCUUACUCACAUACAGGAGAAUGAUCACAUACUGUGGAUAUUUGGACCUCAAGAGACUUGUAUAGCUGAAUCGUAUAAGAAAAGCAUUGAUAUAUUAGAUGGUAGCAAGUUAUUCAGAGAAUGGACACUAUGGCUGGACAGUCAGACUGGAUCUCUCACCAUCAAAAACAUCAGUACAUCCCACACUGGACUUUAUAAACAGAUCAUCAGGAACAGAGAAACAUACGAUGCAACUCAUGACACGCAAUUUACUGUUACUGUCUAUGCUCGUCUGCCCAAAGAUUCCAUCACAAAUCACACUCAACAUCUCAACAUCACUGAACACUGUGAGUCAUGUACAGAUCAUUUCUCAAAGGUGAUCUCUGCAGGAGUGAUUUCAUUAGUUCUGAUUGUACACGCAGCUGGGUUGAUCUUACUGUACAGGAAGCGCAAACAUAAAUCUAAAAAAGCGGUCCAAAGAGAAGAGGAAGAGGUGCAUUACAUGGAACCGGUGUUUAUUAGAAAAAAUAAACAAAUGAAAGCUAGUGGUACAAGGGAUUCUAUAUAUUCCAGUGUUGCCUGAGACACUUAUCAAGCAAACAGCUCUCAUUUAAUGUCUGUUUCUGCUAUGCUUCGCGUUAAGGCACUAGACUAAGCUGAAAAUAAAUAUAUAUUUUGUAGUUAGCCUGAAAUGAGAAAGACGAUCCAAUAAAGACUGGUGGUGACA